AAAUACGUUAUUUUUAUGUAAUAUCUUGUAUUUCAAUGCCAUUUUUUCUGUGUGUUGAAAGCAAGGUGAUGAUUCAAAUCAAAGUUAACCUGGAUUACGUUACCUGUUUGUGUAUUCCGUUCUUUUUAUAGAACACGUCGUAAUUUCCGGUAUGAGUUUGAAAACGCGGUUUUACAAAUAUUCUGAAAUGUUCAUGGAUUGAGGAAAUUGUAUUCAGACUCGGUAUGUUGUGGUGCAAAACAUAUAUGCUACAUAUUUGGUUUUGUCUUUGUGUUUGUUACAUCUUGGAUUUUGUGUUCAAAAUAUUCUGUUAUCGUCGAAUUUCAACAAAUAUUCAUGUUUACCAUAUUUCUUUCGGAUGUACCAUGAUCUUGGAAGUGUUUGAACUUGACCAUUAAUGCGUCUUUCAAAGAAAUGGUUUGAAAAUGGAGGAUGAGAUACUGAUGAACGGGUAGGUUUUUGUUAGAAUAUCCUCGAUUUUUUUUUCAUGUAUAUCAUUUUGUUGUACCGUUUAUUAUAUUUGAAGAGUAAUUUUUAUUCCGGUUGUAAUGAUAUAUAGUUUGUAUGUGUUAUUUCAUUAAUUAACGGUAUAUUUUGAGGUGAAACUACGGCAAGAAACACAAAACCGCAACGGGUAGCCAUUGUCGAUAUUUUUGGGGGGGUGUUUUCAACGACGUCCGCGUCGAUUCCUAUAUAAGGCGAUGCCCACAGGUCAGUUCCCCGCUGACCGUUGUUGAGAGUACUUGCAUCACAGUGAAACUUGGAUUGUGCAUUGGAUUUCGUUAUGGCUACAUCUUCAAAGCGACUGAAGACUGAUGAGGGACCGUCACCACUGACACUGUUCAUUAUGGAAGAUUUGUUAGUGAGGAGAUAUGCCAAUGGUGGGAUGUUUGGAACUGGUUUUGCCCUGUCAUCUGCGUCUUCGUUCAAGACCGUCAUUUCAAUAGUGGUAAAUGAGAAGCAUUUGCAAACCAUUAGGGAAGGGAUGAGCUUCAUUUUGUUGAAGUUCGCCACGCUGCAAGAUGGUACAGUAAAGAUCGGGCAAAACACUGUGGUUAUGCACACUAAGAGACCCUCUACCAUGGACGAAAAUGUUGUGAGGAAGUUUACAAAUCCACCAAUGGUGGAUGAGCUGGGGAGGAUUGCGUCACUGGACAACAAAAUGAGGGUGUCAGUGAAAGGAGAAGUGUCUAAUGUAUCGGGCAUCAUUGAGACAAAUGAAACAAAAAGAAAGAUUGUCACUCUAUCUGACGGUAAUGCAACAGUGGACGUUAAAUUAUGGGGAGAGCUGGCAUCCUUAAGGAUUUUCAGUGGUUCCGUUGUUGAGAUCUCCUGCGUGCACGUGGAUUUAUACCAGGGCAGGAGAUCAUUAAACUCAUCUGCGAGCACAAAAGUUAAGAACAUUGACGUUGAAGAUGAGUUUUCCGGAGUCAUUGAUGGUGUUUCUUUUGACGAGUCAAACACAUCAAUUUUGAUAAAUGACGAGAUGCUUUCCUGCUCAACGGAGCAGCUGAGUGACAUUUUCCCAGGUGGAGUUUUUGCCGAAAACAAACAUGUGAAGGGAAGGAAGAGGAGGAGUGUAAUUACAGUUCUGGAAGAAGAUGUCGUAGCCAUGGUAGCUGAAGAUGUUGAUAAGAUGGUAGCAGUUGUUGGUGAAGACAAAUUACCAGAGGAUGAGUUACUUGGUGAGGAUAAGGAAGAGAAAGACAUUGAUAAUGAAGCAGAGGUAGUUACUGAGGACAUUGACAAUUUACUUUUCAAAUAAACAUUGUUUCGAUGGGUCGGCUAUUGUUUGAAUGGGAUGCUUUUUUAUGAACAUGUCAAAUCUGUUUUCUUUAAAAUGGAUUUAGGAGUCUCUCCUGUUUUGAUUUGAACAUGUAUGUCAUUGUAGAUACUUUUCGAGAUUUUGCUCAAAGACAAAUUUCUCCUUGAAAGGAAAUGUUUAAAGUUGAUUCUAAUUACACUGUAGUAUUUUGUUUUGAUCUUUGUAUUUUUUCCAUUUCUGUCUCAGGAAAAGCUCUUCAAAAUUGAAUCUGUUUGAUGUUCAUUUAUUUUAUUGGGUGGGUUUUUUUUGCAGUUUGGGGUAAGCUUUAUUUUAAAAGGUGUUUAUUUAGGGUUGAUUAUUUAGCUGUUGGUUUCCUUUGAAUGUUGUUCUAAAAUAUGAAGUUGUAAUCUUUAAAAUUAUAAGUUCUGAAAUGAUUAUAUAUAAGCUCUUCCAUGGUGUUGACACUAGAACUUACCUUUUUACUGUAAUCAUGUUAGAUUGAAUUUUGAGAUGAUAUUUUUUUGUUUGUUACUGUAUUUAGAGAUUUACUUUUUCUGGGAUCUCAUGUUGGAUUGAUUUUGUAAAUCAAUAAACUGAAGUUUUGGUUUGUGUAUGUAAGGCUUCAUUGGCUUCAGGAGAUUUUUUUCAUUUUUGUUUGUUAGAAUUUAGAGUUUUACUUAUGAACAGUGAUCUGUUAGUGCCAUUUUCAAGAUUUAACUCAUAUUCAUGUUAUUUGACUGGUCCCUUGUUUGAGAAAGUUUAUUUGUGUGUAAUGGAAGUGGUCCCUUGUUUGAGAAUGUUUAUUUGUGUGAAAUGGAAGUGGUCCGUUGUUUGAGAAAGUUUAUUUGUGUGAAAUGGAAGGGUUAAGGAGUGGUUCUUCAUUACUUUGUGUUGAAAUCGUUUGAGAGAAGUAAAUGUUUUAUUGUUUGCUUUUUUAGUCUCAAUGAAAAGUUAGCUGUUUUGUUGUAAUUUGCAGAUUCUUUUUAUUUACUGUAAAGGGACAUUACUUUGUGUUUUUCUUGAUGAAAUCGUUGAGAGUGGUAAAUGUCGUAUUGUUUGCUUUUUUGGUCACAAUGAAAAUUUAGCUUUUUUGUCGUAAUUUGUAGAUUCUUUAACUUCCAAUGAAGAUACAUUAACAUUUUAAUUUUGUUUUUGUCUUGAGAAGUUUUGUGAUUGUCAUUUGAUAUGGGGUUUAUUUAAAGGAAAGAAUGUGAGAUGUGGGAAGAUUGGUUUGAUUGUUAAUGGAUGUAUUUUGGAUAGGUUGGAAAGUCUGCUUGAGCUGAAUUGUAUUCCAUAGACUAAGAUAGAUGUGUAGUGUAAUAUUUGUGUUUGUUAAUGCAGAAUAUGUUGGACAGUUGAAUGUUUUCUAUCUAUGUGGAGUAUGCUUGUUUUAGUUUGAGACAAUGAUUUUGGAAAUGGUCGAAAUUUUAAAACUCCAGUUCCAGUGGGUAAUAUUUUGGAUUUUUGUAACAUGUUUAUAAUGUAUUCUUUUUAUGAAAAUGAGAUUAUAAUUGAAUUGAAAAGCUUAAGGGGAGAAGACGUAUGUUAUUUUUGACAAUUUUUUUUAAAAAUAUGAACACUGCUUCACCUAUGUUUAAGGUGACUGAAGGAUUGAAGGUGUUGUAAAUAUUAGUAGUGCUGUUUUUUUUAGUAUAGUUUUGUUUUUGGACAUUUAUUUAUUAUUUUAAUUUUUGUUUGUAAGAGUUAUUAUAGAUGGUUUUUGAAAUGUUAUUGUUUUGAUUGUUAUAUGUCAAGAGUUUAACAUAUGAAGAAUUGUGGGAAAGUGUCUGGAAAAUCUGGGUAUACCGUUAAAUAUGGAUCCGGGGUUUAAAUUUGUUCAAUUGAACCUAAAACUGGUGCUUGUGCUGAUGUGAUAAAUUUUAAGCUUUAUUGAAUCUAUUAUAAAGUUUAAGUAUUUGCCUGUAUACUUGAUGGGAGGGUAAACUAUGAAAAUGUUUAAAUAUCUUAUUUGGUUUUGAUAAAUGUAAAUUAUGCUGUUAAUGGUGGUUUCCAAUUUGUGAAAUGCAGGUUCUUAGCAGACUAGGCAAUUCUUAUGAUAUUCA